AGCAGAAUAUGGGGUAAAUAGUAGAGAGAAAACAAGGCCGUGUCAGGAAAAGGAAAGAGAGAUCUGCGGGCCAGACUGGAGCACAGUCUCAGUGCUGCCCUGACCUGCUCUCCCCAUUUUCACCACCAUGGCCCAUUUUCACCAGCAUGACCCUCAACCAAAUCCUGAGCCAAAUCCCAGCAUCACUCAAACUGCGACCGGGACUCGUCUUUUGGUGCCUCCACCUGCCAAUCCAAAGCUUCCUGAUACUGUUAGGAAAUGUAAAUGAAACAAUGAGUAUGAAAAUUCCUUGCACACCCUUGGCACAGACACUCAGUGAAUUACAUAUCCUAAAACAUCUUUAAACAGGCAGAUCACAAUGCAGGAACUCAACCAGUCCACCGUGACAGAGUUCAUCCUGCUGGGCUUCACCCCCAGCCCCAGGACCAAUCCUCUGCUCUUCACCUUCUUUCUGCUCUUUUACCUGCUGAUCCUCGUGAGCAACAGCCUCCUGAUCACCCUCAUCCUCCAGGACUCGCAUCUGCACACGCCCAUGUACUUCUUCAUCAGCGUCCUCUCCAUGCUGGACAUAUGCUUCACCACCACCACCGUGCCCCAGAUGCUCGCGCAUAUUCUCCGCAAGAAGAGGGCCAUCUCUUUUGCUAGAUGUGUGGCCCAGAUGUACAUCUACCUUCUCUUUGGGAUCACCGAGUCCUGGCUUUUCUCCAUCAUGUCCGUGGACAGGUACGUGGCCAUCUGCCACCCUCUCAGGUACAAGGUCAUCAUGAGCCGCUGGGUGUGUCUCCUCAUGGUGGGCAUCUGUGCAGCCUAUGGUAUGCUGGGAAGCCUGUGUGAUACUUUCUUUGCCAUGCGCCUGCCCUAUUGUGGUCCCAGUGAAAUUGACCACUACUUCUGCGAGGUCCCUGCAGUUCUGAAGCUGGCCUGUGCAGACACUUCCCUCAAUGACUUAGUGGACUUCAUCAUAGGCUUCAAUGUCAUCGUGGUCCCACUCUCCCUGGUUGUCCUUGUCUAUGCCAACAUCUUUGCCACCAUCAUGAAGAUCCGCUCAGUCCAGGGGCGGAUCAAGGCCUUUUCCACCUGUGCCUCCCACAUCACGGUGGUCACCAUGUUUGCCAUUCCAUGCAUCAUCAUGUACAUGAGCCCUGGCUCUGGCUCUUUGUCAAACAGCGGCAAGAGAAUUUCCCUUUUCUAUAAUGUUGCCACAGCCUUCCUCAACCCCGUCAUCUACAGUCUGAGGAACAAGGAUGUAAAAAAGGCCUUUUACAAAUUGAUGGGAUGGAGCAAGGCCCCAGAGUAAGAUUUUAAAGCUAAAGACCUGGGGAGCUGAACAGGGCAACACUUGCAAUCAACAAAUCUCUGAGGACU